GAUCGAGAUUGUGGCAGUGCCCCAACCACGAGCGAUAACAACAUCUCUUCUAGCCAGCCUUCUAUCCCUCAGCGCAUACGGCCAUUCAUCCCAGUGUAUGGAGCCUUAACCCCACGCCAAGUCAAUAUUCUAGCGAUUGGAGGAGCGAUCAAUACUGGUCUUAUGAUUUGUGCCGGUCACGCGCUUUUACUCGCUGGACCUGCGUCCAUCUUAAUUUCCUACACAUGUGUAGGGAUAAUCGUCUACUUAGUUCUGUGUGCUCUGGGUGAAGUCGCAUCUUGGUCCCCUGAGCCAUCAAUGGCCGAGAAUGCGUCCCGGUUCUGUGAUCCGGCGCUCGGGUUCACACUAGGCUGGAUUUAUUGGUUGAAAUUCAUGGUUGUGAUCCCCAACCAAUUCGCAGCCGGGGAGUUGCUGAUAGCGUUUUGGCAAGGUGAUGAGAAGGUAUACUCUAUCUUCUGGAUCACCUUCUUCCUCACAAUGAUCAUCGUCGCCAAUUCGAGAUGCAGUCAGUAUUUCGAUAGGUACGAACUCCUUUUGUCCUCCGUGAAGAUCAUCGUGAUGUUCGGACUGGUUUGUCUGUGUGUCGUUCUGGCAUGCGGCGGUGGCCCCGAUCAUGAUAAGAAAGGAUUCCGCUACUGGAGCUAUCCAGGAGCAUUUGCUCAACACUCGGGCAGAGAGGCUAUGGGCAUAUUGCGCGCAAUUGUCCGAACUGUCCCUUCUGCUACGCUGGCCUACCUCGGAAGUGAGCUUAUGGGAAUAACUAUACUACGCACACACAACCCUCGAGAGGUUGCGGGGCAAGCUAUUGAGUCUAAUUGCUACCGCAUCUUGGCCUUUAACAUUGUCAACGUUGCUCUCUUAGGGAUACUUGUUCCUUCCGGUACGCGCGUCAUGGCCUUCAGUCAGCCGUCCUACAGGCCCCGCCCGGCAUCAGCUUUUGUGGCGAUUGCACAAUAUACUGGAUGGCCGAAGUUACCGCAUAUAUUGAAUGCCUUUCUCCUGGUCUGUGUCAUCUCGGCUGCUAAUCAAGCCCUCUACAUGGCGACAAGAACGCUAUAUGAGCUUGCUAUAGACCAGCAUGCCCCUUCCUUCCUUUGUCGGACCAAUGGUCGAGGAAUACCGAUAUACGCCUUGGGUAUAUGCGCUCUUAUAGGUUGUACGGCGUAUCUAAACUGCUUCAGCCGCUCUCAGAAGCUGUUCAACAACCAUGUUAACUUGGUUUCGAUGUUUAGCAUACUUACAUGGGGCUCCAUUUUGGUGGUUCAUAUCUCAUUUGUGCGAGUCCGGAAAGUUCAGAAGAUUGCCGACGAUGAUCUCGUCUUCAAGGCUCCGUUUGGUGUGCUCGGAUCGUGGGUCGCACUGCUGGCCUGUGUCUUCAUCUCAAUCAUUCGUGUGUUUGAUCUUACGAACCGUGAUGCUUUUCCAAAAGGAUUUGAUUAUGCGGCAUUUGUCACUUCUUACGUGUGGAUCCCACUCUAUGCAAUUCUUGCCGUUGGUUACAAGCUCGCUACUAGGACCCAUUCGGUGCAACCUGAGAGCGUGGAUAUGAGGACCACCAAAGCCGCACAGAACUCGUUAGAUGCUGGUUGCACUCCUGCAGCGCCCGGCGCACCUAUUCAGGCUUAUCCAGAAUCAGCCCGCAUGCGUCGAAUGUCGAGGCGAUCGGCGUCAAGAGUCAAGAGUCAUUCUUGUAUUCGACUUCAAGAGAUGAGCCUCCCCACUACUCCAGCCCGGAGCGGGCGAGAAUUGAUUCAAGUGAUUCACGAUAUCAACAAGAAAUACUCGCUAGACAUCCCAAACCCCCGUAUCGAGUCCCCUGGAAGCGAUAACAAGAGCUUGGCGUGGAGAUGUUAUUAUGCUAUCAAGCAGCUCUACUUUCGCCAUGCCCCCUUGUAUCGGGUUCUUGAGAACUUCGACGAGUGGGUCUCGUCACGAUCAAUAACUCAGGCCAGUACACAUUCAGGUUAUGCUCCCAAUGCAGUCUUGAAUUCGGCUGGGCAACGGUCGUUGAUGGGAAAAGAGCAUGAGCGGGAAGAGCGGCUGGGAUACUUGUUCAGACUGCUUGACGACGAGGUUUAUUUUCUGAGAGAAGGCUCAUUCCCGGCGAACAAGCCCAUCGAUCACCCUUCGACGGAGCCUGAGCACAAAGGCAUCACGCCUAGAUUUCUGAAGAGGAGGCUCUCUGCAGACGAGGAUGAGUUCCACACCGCACCGAGUUCGCCUGUCAAAGCUCCUGCAAGAUCAGUUUCCCCGAUGGAGACAGAAUCUCAGGCCCCUGAGGAGCGGCGGUCAACAACUGCGACUGUUCCUAUUAACCUCUUCCAGAGUCCCAACCGCCCUGAGCCGGAGAAAAAACAUUCCGGGUUGGUGGAUAGAAUGCUUGCUCCUCAGAUAUACCGAAAAUAUGAUGCUGUCCCUGCUGCGCAGAGCGACGCAGACCCCAGCUUCGCAACAACUAUUACUUCUGAAUCUGACUUUUUCGCUACUCGGAACAAUUCGUAUAACAUUUCCUUCAUCACGACGAUCACCGAGCCCAUGCCGGAGAAUGAGUCCAUGUAUGAAGACUCGGUGGUAGAACAUAUGCUUAGUGAAGAGACCAGAGACACCUUUGAACAGCAGAUCCUGGCUUCGGAGCUGGAUUCAGAACCUCGCUAUUUCGAUGAGGAAAAGGUCAUGAGAGAGCUCUUGAAGCACGGACCGUUCACGUACGAACAGACUUCUCCACGCUCGGUCCCACUUCGCUAUCGAUAUGAGCUAGAAAGAACAGGAAGAGCCUGGGGUGUACCCUUGAGUCGCAUGCUGGUCGGUGGCACCAUCCCAUUCAAAUCUCUGGACGACUAUUGGCACUGGAUUGCGAGCCAUAAUCAACGCAAUGGAAAGCCACUCCCGGAGAAGCCAACUCGCAAGGCCUGGGAAGCCGCCACUGGCGAUUUCAAGACGGACAAGCAUUCAGAAGUAGUUGUUUUGACAGGGGAUAUGGAGUGGUGCACUGAGUCUGAGAACGGUGUCUUGAAAUUGAGUUUUCAUCCUCUGAAGACAGAACGAACCUGCCGCUUUCACCGACGCUUUGGCUCAGAUCGCUUUCUCAGUUUGACGAUGCCUGCCCCGGCGCGGCCGCCACCCCAUCUCCGGGUGGCCUCGCAGUCUACUACUGACUUGCAAGAAAUCUUAGCUCUCUGGUUAACGCAUAAUGUGCACCGGUGCCUGGGUAGGGAAUGGCGGCCCUUUUUUGUGGAAGAGGUCAAGUCGAAGCGUAAGGUCAAAUCGGAACCAAGAUUCCGAGUGGAUUUCUUCGCUGUUGAUGGCAUCGAUUUCGAUCAUAGCGUGAGCAUACCAGCAUCCCUACCUUCCCCAAAUCAGAACAGUACGAACCGGACUAAGAUGAGCGUGGACGACCUCAUUGAAUGGCAUAUGCCUUGGAAAGCGAAUAUCGGUCAGUCAAAUUGCAAACUUUUCCAGAGAUUAUCCUUAGGCCUUUCCAAAACCUACGCAACGGUGGUGAUGAGGCCAUCGCAGAUUCUGGCACUGCCAGAUGCCCCAGGCCGUCCCGUCAUGAAUGAUGGAUGUGCUCUCAUGUCAAGAGCAAUGGCAAGCUGUAUCUGUGAUAUGUUGGGAAUCACAGGAGAUACCCCUAGUGCAUUUCAGGGUCGGUUUGCCGGAGCUAAAGGGUUGUGGAUGGUGGACCGACAUCAGUCGCAACUAUCUGCGGAGUGUGGCGACGACAUUUGGAUCCAGAUUUCUGACUCACAGCUGAAGAUUCAGCCACAUCCUCAAACCUGGAAAGGUCCCGUGGACAAUGAGCAAUUGACCUUCGAGGUUGUGAAGUGGUCCAAGCCGUUGCACUCCGUUAAUUUGAAUAUUCAACUCCUGGCCAUCCUCCAGCAAGGCGGACAUGUGAGGGACCAUAUCGCCGAUCUCACUCGACACGGUAUUCAGGCGGUGUACAAGGACUUUGUGGAGGUACUUGAGUCUGAUAGUCCGGUCCUCUGUCGCAGCCUCAUUCAGAAGAUCCGGCCUUCGGCGGAUGACAAGCCGGGGUUGAUGUCACACAAGGUCAAGCGCCUAGAAAGGUGGACGGCAAACGAUGCAGAAUUCAUCAUCCGACUCACUGAAGCUGGAUUUGCACCUCGAAGCUUCUUUCCCCUUCGUAAGCGCCUGGGGAAAGUUCUCAAAGACGUGUUGGAGCGAUAUGAAGAAGAAUUGCAUAUAGAAGUCCCUCUUUCGACGUAUGCUUUUUGCAUCGCAGAUCCUUACGGUAUACUCAAAGAAGACGAGGUGCACUUUGGAUUCUCCACCAAUUGGCGCGAUGGUCAGGGUCAAUUCGAAGACACGUUAUUAGAUGGCAUUGACGUCCUUGUUGGCCGACUUCCAGCUCAUCUUCCGUCCGAUAUCCAACGUCGGAGGGCUGUGUGGAGGUCAGAACUUCGCCACUUCAAGGAUGUCAUCGUGUUUCCUAGUGUGGGUGACGUAGCUCUAGCGCAUAUGCUCUCAGGCGGUGACUACGACGGGGAUAGGCCAUGGAUCUGCUGGGACCAGAACAUCGUACGCCAUUUUUCCAACUCAGACCUCCCAAGCAGCCACUUUCCUCCCAACUUCUUUGGUCUUACCGAGGAAUCCGUACCCAUUGAAGAAAUAGAAUCCGUGGACGAAUUCCUCCAGAGUGCGUUCACCUUCAAUCUGACUCUGUCGAAUCUAGGGCGCUGCACGGUAGAGCAUGAGAUGCUUGCCUAUGAUGAAUCGAUCAGCGCACCCAGGGCUGUUGAACUUGCUUCUCUCUUAAGCUAUUUGGUGGACGGCCGUAAGGUAGGUGUGCAGCUGCCUGAGGAAGCUUGGACGCGAUACCGAGCGCAAAUAAGUCCUCAGCGCCGCGAGCCACCAGCGUACAAGAACCCGGGGCGGAAACCCAAGAAGGCUCACAUCACCGACUUUCUUAAAUUCGAAGUAGCCGGCAAGGAGCGCGAGAAGGUUCUGACACAGUUCGAAAGCCAGUUUCCUGAGAAAGAAGGUUUUUCUGAGCGAGAUGAAGACCUUGUACGGGUUUACAACGAAGUCAGGCAGCAAGCCACGCAGGACAAGGAGCUAAAAACAGCAUUGCAAGCUGUCAGCAACGAGCUCAGAGCAUUGCACGCACAAUGGACUAACUCGUUCGCAAGAAGCCAAGAGUCCUUCUCCGCCCGUGCCUUACAGAUUGCGGAGGAAGCGCAAGCUCUUGAGCCUCCGUUAGGGAACCAUCCCUUGUUUCUGGUUUGGCAGCACUGCCCGGCCGAGUGGCUUCGGUUCCUGGCUUCAAGCACGUAUAAGCUGUACCCCAACUUCAGCUUUGUCAUGCACGCCUUCGGUGAGGUUCUCUGUCAGAUGAAGACGAGCAACCUGUCGGCCCGGACAGUGACACAUGAGGUUCUCGCCUGUUAUCGGGUAAACCAGAAGGUGAUCGCGCAACUGACGGCUCGGGACACGAUGGAGGAAGAAGACACCGGAUCGGGCGACGACGAGUACGAAGGCCAUGAGGCUAUCGAAGCCAUGCACCUCGGCCUGCCGUCUGCAGCAGCGGGCGGAUACUACGAUCCGGAUGAUGGAAUGUCGGUGGAAUGAGGG